CCAACCUAUAUAACCAAGGGGUUCACAGAGUGAUCGUCAGUAGGCGGACGGAUUUGGUGUUCUCAAUAGUUUAUUAUAUAACCCUUUCACGGGAUAUUUAGCCAUUUUGCAACUACAGAUGAAUAUGUUAUCAUUGUUUUCAGUCAUGAGGACCUUGCUGUUGAUUAUACUCUCUAAAUUACUUACUGCUCAGCCGUCACCCACAAUUAGUGUUACAUGUGAGGAAUCAGAAGAUGGUGAGUUAGCCCAGGGAUGGUUCACUCAGAUUACAAUAUUAUUUAUUUGUGUUCUUACCUUGAAUUAUGGUGACAAGGAUAGACUGUAAUCCACAAGCUGUCAAAUCAGUCUACUAAUCCAUAGACUGCUUUCAGGGUGAGGAAAUAAUAUUUUAAUGACCUGUGCAAAGGUAUGCUCAAUGCAAUCUUCCUUAAGAGGGUUUACCUUAUUCCUAUUAAAGCAGUGGUUAGCAAGUCUGUGUUUUGUAGACCUGCUGCUGUUCGCUACAUUGGUGUCAGGAGUGGGAUGCUGUCAUUUAUUGAUGGGGUAUUUUUUCCCCAAGUGACACCACCGGAAUGGAUGGAGAUUCCUCAGGCCUGUCCUUCUUUUCUGGUCGCACUCAAAGUUGCUGUUCUGCCGGAAGACUUUGGGGCUAUUCGGCUGAACAUAAGUUGGGCCAUCAACAUCGACAAAAGCAUUUACUAUCUCACAGGAACUUGGAUCGAUAUAGAUAGUGAUACAUACCGCUGUCGGUAUGAACCACCUUUCGAAGAAGUUGACCUCAGGGGUCUCGAACAGCUGUGGUUCUAUUACCUUGCACCUGCAAAACCAGGUGAUCCGAUCAUCUCUGCUUACAAUCUUCCGAAUCCGGCAGAUGGCGACUAUUCCAAGUUUACGACAUGUUAUGUACCGUAUGCGACAUCAAAUGACGACACAGCUGAGUUGGCUUGGCCUACUUCAAACCCCACUGUGAUGCCCAUAUCUGUUACCACCCGUAAUGAUGAUGAGGGGAAACCAGCAAGCCUUCCAAUAGUCUAUCUUGGAUGCUUAGCUGGGCUCGUGGUACUGGUGGCUUGCUCUCUCACUCUGUAUCAACUGUAUAGAAGGCACUCAAAUUCCCACUUCACUGAGCUGCCGAAGGCAACUGAGGUCACUGUGUCGGUGCUGGUAGUGUACCCUGCAGAAAACCCUGUCUUCCAGAGAGCUGUGCUAGCUUUUGCUGAGUUCCUCCAGUGGCAUGGUGACUGCCAGGUGGCUAUCGACAUGUGGCAGCAUGGCAGGCUGGCAGAGCAGGGCCCGAUGCGCUGGCUAGCAGAUCAAGCCAAAUCCGUAGCCAGGGUGAUGGUUGUAAGCCCACAGCCCAAACACUGCCACACUGGCCCAGGGGAACACACAGUACCAGCCGCGGCUCAUGACCUGUUUCCUCUGGUGCUCAACAUGGUGGCAAGCUACGCUCAGUGCCCCAAUGAGCUGGCCAAGUUCUGGUUGGUGCACCUAGGCAAGGCCCCGGAGAGGAGCGGCCUACCUGUGGAAUUGACAUCCUGUAGGGAAUUUAGUCUGAACAGGGACUUGGAGAAACUGUGUAGACACUUGCAUCAGCAGGGCUCCAAAAGACCAGGGUUAAUGUUCAGAUCAGGGUUGGCCUAUGGGGAGAAGGCGACAGGGAAGCUGAAAGAGGCUGUGCAGCAGUUAGAGGCAUGGCAAUGCUCUCAUCCAGGAGGUGCAGGGGAGGCAGCUCCUUUGACCAAAUUGAUGGCUAGACUGUAAGAACCUGAUGAUGCUGGUGUGAUGACAAAUCCAGAGCUUAAAUAGUAAUGUGAAAAUAAUCUAAGUAAAAACUCUCUUUUGACCACUUGUAGAACGGUGGGACUGCAAAAAUUAGGGCAUGCUAACUUUUCUCACUUAGCUUUAAGAUUGCUUUUUAAAUAGUUGAAUAUGUUAUUUUUCAUCAAAUGUUUCUGUUUUGGAAAUGAAACAAAUAUUCUAUGGUGUUGACAUUUUUUAUAUACUUAUUGAAUGUUUUGUUUAUGUAAAUAAAUACUUGAAUCUAA